GAAAUUCGGCUUCCGUGCGGAGCACAACCCCUCUAGAAAACGUUCUAAAACUUCACGUUCUUCUCCUCCACCGGUUCCUUCAAAAGUUCAUCACCAUGUGAAUGCAUAUUGACGAUAAUCGCAAAUAACAACUCCGAGGAGAAAUAUUUUUUAUUUAUUUUUUAUGGUUAUGGAUUCUUUUUUGAAUCUAUUUGCCGUUUGAUAAAAAGUUUUCAAAGUUUAAUAUUUCGGACAAAACUUUUAAAGAAGUUUUUCGGACUUUAAGAAGCAUAAAGAGAUCUUUUAAGCAUGAAAUUCUCGGAAAGCAUUCGGACCGUUGCAAUAUGGAACUUAGUUUUAGCAACUUUGUUGUUUUGCAAGGUAUCAGUUAGUAUAGAGUCGUCAACUACAGAAUCUUAUGUUUUGAUUGGUGGAGAUCAUCUGAAUUCUGCUGGAAAACCAAGAACUAGAACUGUUGUAACGAAAUACGGAGAACUCAAAGGGUUUAUAGCAACUCUUCCUAACAAGACUUUGCUACCGGUUGAAGUAUUUUUAGGUGUACCAUAUGCAAGUCCUCCUGUUUCGGAAUUGAGAUUCAUGCCCCCUGUUACUCCAGCGCAUUGGAGGGGUGUCCAAAAUGCUGAUCAUUUUAAGCCAGUUUGCCCUCAAAAGCCGCCCGAUGUUAGAAAUGAAACAGAAGCUUUAAAAAGAAUGUCUCCCGGAAGAUUGGAAUAUUUGAAGAAGUUACUUCCUUACCUUAGUAAUCAAAGCGAGGACUGCCUAUAUUUAAAUAUCUAUGCACCGAAAAGAGGAACUGAAUUUACUAGCUUAAAGUACUUAAACGAACACAAGAAUGGAUUUGCAAAGAGUAAUUUGGGUGGUAAUAGAAUCCCUGAAAAUAAUUCAAGCAUUAGGAACAGCAAUAUCGCAAACAUUGUAAAGAAAUACUAG